AUGAUUGAUUACGAGUCUGUCUUGGAAUUUGAGGAGUCUUUGAGGUCAAGCAGUAAAUGGGACAAUUUAUCAUUACUUAGAAACUUGGAGCUCAAGAUAGAACUUAACAGGAGCAAAAGCGAUCAGGAAAAGAGGGCAUCUUUUGAAGAAAAGGAUCUUCUAGACACCUUUGAUAGCUAUGAUAUAACGAAAGAUGAUUUUGCUACUUGUUCGAAAUGCGGUCAUUCAUUAAAGGAUCCGAAUAGCUACAAAUCAUGUUGCAAGGUGUCUUCAGAAAGUGGAACUUUGACAACACUUGAAAAGACAUAUUAUCUCUUGUUUAUUAACAGUCCUACAUCGACAAUUAACACAUUACCUUGCUACACACAGUUGUUGUUCUUACAACAGGGUAUUCCUAACCAACUAAGAUCACUCAUUUGGAAGAAACUUUUUCUAUUGAGCGAUGAUGACACUCCAGCAUCAUCUAGAUUGAUAUUUAAAAACUUUCAACAUUCAUAUUCGCCUGAAGUAUCGAAUCAAAUAAGUAAAGAUUUAGGAAGAACCUUUCCAUCAAUCGAUUUUUUCAAAGAAGAGAAAACUAUUGAAGAUUUGGCUACGAUAUUGAACGUUUAUGCGAAUUAUGAUGUGGAAUUAGGGUAUUGUCAAGGUUUAUUGUUUUUGGUUGGUGUUUUAUAUUAUCAUUUUAAAGGUGAAGGGGAUUUGACGUUCCAUGUUUUGGUUACUAUUAUGGAACAAGAAUCAGAGUUACACAAUAUUUUUACUGCUUCUACUAUGUCAUUCACUUUGGAGAAAUGGUAUGGUGAGUUUUCACACAUCCUCAAAACCGUGGAUAACAAUCUAUAUGAGCAUUUAUUUGCAUUCACAGAACCACAUGUCUUUUUAUACCAAUGGUGGAUGUCUUUUGCUUCGAGCCAUACCUCUGAUAUUUCCAUAGUGAACAGAGUUAUGGAUUUUUGUAUCCUUCAAGGUUGGAAGGUUGGCUUGUUCAAAAUAUCAUUAGGUUUACUUUUAACUAAUAAGCCUAUAAUAAUGAGUCUUGAAAAAGAUGAUGAAGAAGUUGUCUAUCAACACUUAUUGAACGAGAGCAAGUGGGGCAAUACUAUGAAUGAUAUUGACUUGUUUUUUGGUAAUUUACUACUCUCCUGGGAUAACAAUUUGUUCGUUUUUGAUCAACCGGCAAAAUCACCAGAAAAGCAGCAGCAGCAACACCACCACCAAUCUUUGACCGACAGAUUUAAAGGAAUUUCGGUCAGUUUGUCGAAGUCGAGGUCCAACAGUGAUGCAUCCUCUUCUGCCCCGAGUUCAGCUGUUUCUCAUGAAUCGUCUUCAUCAUUAUUUUCCAGCAAACUUGGUCGUGAUGAACUCGACUCAAUAUACUCGAUAACGAGUGACAUAAGUGAAAGUAAAUCUUUUGUGGACUACUUGAAACUUCCAUGCAUAACAAAGCAUUCUACUGCUGAAGGUUCGACAGAGAGCUCAGAGCUUGCUUCGAUGAAGCUCUUAUUAAAGAGAGCUUACAAACUUCUUGAUGAUAAUUCAAAGGAAGCAAGUAAUCUUAAAGAAGAAAUUUCUAAAGUGAUUCAAGUCGAGUAG